CGUAGCGUGACAGCCAACAAAACUGACAUUGACAUGGCGCAGCUGUCAAAAGUUGACAUAACUUCCAAUUAAUUUUCCACAAUAAACAUCCGUGUUUUGCAAGAAAAUGCUCCGGGACCUUUACAAUGGAUUGCCUGAACGUUGCUGAGUGGUCCCCGGCGCAAGUGGAAGGAUGGCUGAAAGGUCUGGGUGCGCCGGUGGACGGGUACGCGGCGGGGCUGCGCGCGCGCGGGCUGGACGGCACCAAGCUGCUGAUGCUGCGCUGCGACGACCUCGAACACCUCGGCAUGCGCACCAUCGGCCACCAGGAGCUGCUGCUCGAGGCUGUUGAGCAUCUCCGCAAUUUUCAAUACGAGACCUCGCGCGAGUGCGUGCAGCAGAUGGCGCUGCGAGUGUCCGUGGCGGCCACCGGGCUCGCCCGGGCUCUGGCGGGUGGCUGCGAGCGGCUCGAGACACAGGCCCUUAUGGACGUGGCCCGUGCAGUGGCGGCUGUCAAGGCGCUGGUAUGCUGGCUGGCCCGCUUCCCGAUGUCAGGCGGCAUGCUACGGGACCGCGCGGCCCACCUCCUCGGCCUGUGCCUCGAGGCGGCCACGUGCGCGCAGCGCGACCGCUUCGCCGAGCAGCCCGCCCGCACCGUGGCCUCCGCCGCCGCGGCCGCCGCCGCCUCCGCCGACACCAUCGUGCAGCACGUGUCGGACUCGUUCGUGCUGGCGCCGGCGACGCUGGAGACGGUGUCGCUGCGCCAGGCCGGCAAGCCGCUGGGCUUCUCCGUGCUGCCCUCUCUGAGCGGGCACCUGCAGCUGGCUAACAUCCGCUUCGGGUCGCCGGCGCACGCCUCGGGGGCCGUCCACGAGGGCGAUGAGAUCGUGCAGGUGGGCGGGCAGUGCGUGGUAGGAUGGAGCGGAUCCGCCGUGGAGAGCGCGUGCGCGGAGCGGGCCGAGGGCGGCGGCGAGCUGCUGCUGCGGCUGCGGCGGCGCGGCGCCCGCGUGGGCGUGCAGACUCGCAGGGACAGGAAAGCGGGCCGCCUCUCGCCGGAGCGGCCGAGCGGGGCGACGCUGGCGCCGCCCUCGGCGCCGGCGGACGACGCGUCGUCGGACUCGGAGCCGGCGUCGCCCACGCUGGCGCUGGAGCGGCGCAUGUGCCCGCCGCCGCCGCGCGCGCCGGCGGCGCGGCGCCACUCCGUCUGCGGCGGCUCGCCCGCGCGGCGGCCCCGGCGCGGCCUCGACCAGCUGUGGUGCUCGCUGCAGCAGGCGCGCCACGACCUGCGCUACCGCCGCGACAAGGCGGUGUCGUGCAGCACGGGGCUGGAGCUGCCGCCGCGGCCGCUGCUUCCCCCGGCCGGUGCCGGCGCAGCUCCCGGCGUGCCGGAGCCCCGCGAGCCCCGGCGCGAGGAGCGCCCGCGCGGCAAGCUCGACAAGAGCCACUCCACGCCCGCCUACGACUUCCACGCCGAGCCUCCCGGUCCGCUGACGCAGCAGGAGCGCCCGCGCGGCAAGCUCGACAAGAGCCACUCCACGCCCGCCUACGACUUCCACGCCGAGCCUCCCGGUCCGCUGACGCAGCAGGAGCGCCCGCGCGGCAAGCUCGACAAGAGCCACUCCACGCCCGCCUACGACUUCCACGCCGAGCCUCCCGGUCCGCUGACGCAGCAGGAGCGCCCGCGCGGCAAGCUCGACAAGAGCCACUCCACGCCCGCCUACGACUUCCACGCCGAGCCUCCCGGUCCGCUGACGCAGCAGGAGCGCCCGCGCGGCAAGCUCGACAAGAGCCACUCCACGCCCGCCUACGACUUCCACGCCGAGCCGCCCGGCCCGCUGACGCAGCAGGAGCGCCCGCGCGGCAAGCUCGACAAGAGCCACUCCACGCCCGCCUACGACUUCCACGCCGAGCCUCCCGGUCCGCUGACGCAGCAGGUAUGUGUCCGCCCCGGAGCGCCCGCGCGGCAAGCUCGACAAGAGCCACUCCACGCCCGCCUACGACUUCCACGCCGAGCCUCCCGGUCCGCUGACGCAGCAGGUAUGUGUCCGCCCCGGCGCGAGGAGCGCCCGCGCGGCAAGCUCGACAAGAGCCACUCCACGCCCGCCUACGACUUCCACGCCGAGCCUCCCGGUCCGCUGACGCAGCAGGUGAUCCCUGAAUCCCCGACGACGCCUGCCGACUCGCCGACGGUGUUCGUGCACUCCGCCGAGAAGGCCGAUCAGAUCCUCGACUUCAAGAAGUCCAGUUCGCAGAUCGAAGAGGCCAUCUUGCAGAAGAGGCGGCUCACGGACGAGAGGAACGAGUUCGCGUUCGGUGAGGCCGAGCCUGGUCCCGAAACGGUCGAGGCUGUUAAUGUCAGCGUCGAGGCCCAAGGUCGCGUGCGGCGACUGUCGGCUAAGAGUCCGCAGGAGGAGCGUUCGGUGUCCGUGAGCGAGGCGGUCCGCAACAUCCAGGAGUCGCUGGCGCGGACGCCGCCCCCUCCCCUGCGGCCCGCGCCCUCCCCCCGCCCCCGGCCCCGCGCCCGCCCCGCGCCGCUCCCCUACCCCGCGCUGCGCCCCGUGCCGCCCGAGCCCGCCUCCACCCCCACCAGCCCGCCCCGCCCGCACAGGAUCGACGUGUCGCAGGUGAGCUGUACACCAGGAGUCCCCCCCGCGCCGCUCCCCUACCCCGCGCUGCGCCCCGUGCCGUCCGAGCCCGCCACCACCCCCACCAGCCCGCCCCGCCCGCACAGGAUCGACGUGUCGCAGGUGAGCUGUUCACCAGGAGUCCCCCCCGCGCCGCUCCCCUACCCCGCGCUGCGCCCCGUGCCGCCCGAGCCCGCCUCCACCCCCACCAGCCCGCCCCGCCCGCACAGGAUCGACGUGUCGCAGGUGAGCUGUACACCAGGAGUCCCCCCCGCGCCGCUCCCCUACCCCGCGCUGCGCCCCGUGCCGUCCGAGCCCGCCACCACCCCCACCAGCCCGCCCCGCCCGCACAGGAUCGACGUGUCGCAGGUGAGCUGUACACCAGGAGUCCCCCCCGCGCCGCUCCCCUACCCCGCGCUGCGCCCCGUGCCGCCCGAGCCCGCCUCCACCCCCACCAGCCCGCCCCGCCCGCACAGGAUCGACGUGUCGCAGGUGAGCUGUACACCAGGAGUCCCCCCCGCGCCGCUCCCCUACCCCGCGCUGCGCCCCGUGCCGUCCGAGCCCGCCACCACCCCCACCAGCCCGCCCCGCCCGCACAGGAUCGACGUGUCGCAGGUGAGCUGUACACCAGGAGUCCCCCCCGCGCCGCUCCCCUACCCCGCGCUGCGCCCCGUGCCGCCCGAGCCCGCCUCCACCCCCACCAGCCCGCCCCGCCCGCACAGGAUCGACGUGUCGCAGGUGAGCUGUACACCAGGAGUCCCCCCCGCGCCGCUCCCCUACCCCGCGCUGCGCCCCGUGCCGCCCGAGCCCGCCUCCACCCCCACCAGCCCGCCCCGCCCGCACAGGAUCGACGUGUCGCAGGUGAGCUGUACACCAGGAGUCCCCCCCGCGCCGCUCCCCUACCCCGCGCUGCGCCCCGUGCCGCCCGAGCCCGCCUCCACCCCCACCAGCCCGCCCCGCCCGCACAGGAUCGACGUGUCGCAGGUGAGCUGUACACCAGGAGUCCCCCCCGCGCCGCUCCCCUACCCCGCGCUGCGCCCCGUGCCGCCCGAGCCCGCCUCCACCCCCACCAGCCCGCCCCGCCCGCACAGGAUCGACGUGUCGCAGGUGAGCUGUACACCAGGAGUCCCCCCCGCGCCGCUCCCCUACCCCGCGCUGCGCCCCGUGCCGUCCGAGCCCGCCACCACCCCCACCAGCCCGCCCCGCCCGCACAGGAUCGACGUGUCGCAGGUGAGCUGUACACCAGGAGUCCCCCCCGCGCCGCUCCCCUACCCCGCGCUGCGCCCCGUGCCGCCCGAGCCCGCCUCCACCCCCACCAGCCCGCCCCGCCCGCACAGGAUCGACGUGUCGCAGGUGAGCUGUACACCAGGAGUCCCCCCCGCGCCGCUCCCCUACCCCGCGCUGCGCCCCGUGCCGCCCGAGCCCGCCUCCACCCCCACCAGCCCGCCCCGCCCGCACAGGAUCGACGUGUCGCAGGUGAGCUGUACACCAGGAGUCCCCCCCGCGCCGCUCCCCUACCCCGCGCUGCGCCCCGUGCCGCCCGAGCCCGCCUCCACCCCCACCAGCCCGCCCCGCCCGCACAGGAUCGACGUGUCGCAGGUGAGCUGUACACCAGGAGUCCCCCCCGCGCCGCUCCCCUACCCCGCGCUGCGCCCCGUGCCGUCCGAGCCCGCCACCACCCCCACCAGCCCGCCCCGCCCGCACAGGAUCGACGUGUCGCAGGUGAGCUGUACACCAGGAGUCCCCCCCGCGCCGCUCCCCUACCCCGCGCUGCGCCCCGUGCCGCCCGAGCCCGCCUCCACCCCCACCAGCCCGCCCCGCCCGCACAGGAUCGACGUGUCGCAGGUGAGCUGUACACCAGGAGUCCCCCCCGCGCCGCUCCCCUACCCCGCGCUGCGCCCCGUGCCGUCCGAGCCCGCCACCACCCCCACCAGCCCGCCCCGCCCGCACAGGAUCGACGUGUCGCAGGUGAGCUGUACACCAGGAGUCCCCCCCGCGCCGCUCCCCUACCCCGCGCUGCGCCCCGUGCCGCCCGAGCCCGCCUCCACCCCCACCAGCCCGCCCCGCCCGCACAGGAUCGACGUGUCGCAGGUGAGCUGUACACCAGGAGUCCCCCCCGCGCCGCUCCCCUACCCCGCGCUGCGCCCCGUGCCGUCCGAGCCCGCCACCACCCCCACCAGCCCGCCCCGCCCGCACAGGAUCGACGUGUCGCAGGUGAGCUGUACACCAGGAGUCCCCCCCGCGCCGCUCCCCUACCCCGCGCUGCGCCCCGUGCCGCCCGAGCCCGCCUCCACCCCCACCAGCCCGCCCCGCCCGCACAGGAUCGACGUGUCGCAGGUGAGCUGUACACCAGGAGUCCCCCCCGCGCCGCUCCCCUACCCCUCGCUGCGCCCCGUGCCGCCCGAGCCCGCCUCCACCCCCACCAGCCCGCCCCGAGUCCCCCCCGCGCCGCUCCCCUACCCCGCGCUGCGCCCCGUGCCGCCCGAGCCCGCCUCCACCCCCACCAGCCCGCCCCGCCCGCACAGGAUCGACGUGUCGCAGGUGAGCUGUACACCAGGAGUCCCCCCCGCGCCGCUCCCCUACCCCGCGCUGCGCCCCGUGCCGCCCGAGCCCGCCUCCACCCCCACCAGCCCGCCCCGCCCGCACAGGAUCGACGUGUCGCAGGUGAGCUGUACACCAGGAGUCCCCCCCGCGCCGCUCCCCUACCCCGCGCUGCGCCCCGUGCCGCCCGAGCCCGCCUCCACCCCCACCAGCCCGCCCCGCCCGCACAGGAUCGACGUGUCGCAGGUGAGCUGUACACCAGGAGUCCCCCCCGCGCCGCUCCCCUACCCCGCGCUGCGCCCCGUGCCGCCCGAGCCCGCCUCCACCCCCACCAGCCCGCCCCGCCCGCACAGGAUCGACGUGUCGCAGAUAUCCGUACCUCUCCGGCACCUGACUCGGCACGACCUGCGCGUGCCACCCGCGGAGCCCCCCGCGGAGCCCCCCUCGCGGCCCGCCCCGCAGGGCCCCGGGCUGCCGGGCCCGCGGCCCGAGGCGCCUGCAGCGACCAACGCACCCACCCGCGGCAUCUUUCCGACCUACAAGUCCAAGAGCUUGAAGAAGAAGAACUCCCUGCUUGCCAAACGUCGCGGCGUCGCGGCACGCGCACUCGCGGGGGGUGCGGGCGGCCCCGUGUGGCAGCGGGUGCGAGCCCGCGGCCAGCAGCAGGCGCGCUGGGCGAGGAGGUACCUGCUGCUCGCCGACACCACGCUGUACGCUUAUAGGAGCCCCGACGGCACACGGGCGGACUGCAUGAUCCAGCUGGCGGGCUUCACCGCCGCCGCAGCAGGGGAGGUGAAGUCGCGGCCGCACGCCUUCAAGGUGUACCACACCGGCACCGCCUUCUACUUCGCCUGCGACAGCGCCGACGCCACCCGCGCCUGGCUCGACCUCAUCACGCGCGCCACGCACGACCAGCCCGCGCCCUUAUCAGCGGACUUACCGAGGCAGUACUCGGAGACGGAAUACUCAACGGACUCUGACAUCGAGGCCGAGAGGCCGAGAGACCGCGACCGCGACAACAAGGACAAGGAGAAGGACAAGUCAAAGUUCGGCUCGCUUAAGAAACUGACACAUCGCAUGCAGAGGAGCGAGUCGACGGAGACGGUGGGCGCGGCGAGUCUCGACCGCAAGUACCUGCGCUUCUUCUCGAGGAACAAGAACAAAGACGACAAAAAGAGCAAGCAGUCCCUGGUGCCGGUGCCGACGGAGCACUACCGCAGCUACCGGCGGCCGUCACAGUCGCAGGCCGAGUCAUCGCCGGCCUCCCCGGCCCCCGCGGCCUCCCCGGCCUCGCAGCCCCCGCCGGCCUCGCCCCCGCAGGCCCCGCAGGUGCCGCUGCUGCAGGCCCCGCCCGCGCCGCCGAGGAAGCCGCAUAAUUAUAUGCACGCUUCUAAUCCGAAUUUACUGGAGUUCGGCAACAACGACAUCGUGGCGUCGCGCAUCUUCAUCCCGCGGCCGGCGCCCGCCUCCUUCUCCGGCUUCGUGACCCUCGAGGAGUUCAUGCUGCAGAAGCAGGAGGAGGACCGCCGCGAGCUGUACACCAACCGUGUGCUGCUCGGCGUGGAGGCGGGCUCGUUGCGGAGGCGGCUUGACCGGGUCGUGCCCGACGUGCUGUACGGCACCUCCCGGGUCGAGCCCGACCACAGGGUGACUACCUACAACCGCGUGCUGCUCGGCGUGGAGGCGGGCUCGUUGAGGAGGCGGCUCGACCGGGUCGUGCCCGACGUGCUGUACGGCACCUCCCGGCUCGAGCCCGACCACAGCCCGACCACAGGUGACUACCUACAACCGCGUGCUGCUCGGCGUGGAGGCGGGCUCGUUGAGGAGGCGGCUCGACCGGGUCGUGCCCGACGUGCUGUACGGCACCUCCCGGCUCGAGCCCGAUCACAGGUGACUACCUACAACCGCGUGCUGCUCGGCGUGGAGGCGGGCUCGUUGAGGAGGCGGCUCGACCGGGUCGUGCCCGACGUGCUGUACGGCACCUCCCGGCUCGAGCCCGACCACAGCCCGGAGCCUCUCCCGGCCGCGCCGCGCACGCUCGCGCCGGGCGCGCACGGAUCGCACGGCACGCACGGCACGCACGGCUCGCACGGCUCGCACGGCACGCAGGGCACGCACGGCUCGCACGGCACGCACGGCACGCACGCAGCGCACGUGCAGGCGCGCUCGCUGCCGCGCACGCCGCCGCCGCGUGUGGCCGCGCGCCCCGCCCGCGACCUCAAGCCCAUCUCCGUCAAGGGCAAGGAUGGAUACGAGAAGAUAGUGUAUACGGAGGAGAAGCCGACCGGAGCCGAGCGCAUGCGCCGGCCGUCGCCGCCGCCGCCGCCCGACGCGAGGGACCUAGACUCCACCCCCAGGCACGAUAAGGGCCCGAGCGGCGCGCGCCGCGUGGCCCCGCUGCAGACCUCGCCCGCGCCCCUCACACCGGACAGUGUGCCGGUCUCGGGCGCGGGCGUGUCGCGGUUGCGGCUCAUGUUCGGUCGCAGCGCGUCGCGUGACACCUCUAGACAGGAGUCGUCGCCGUCAGCGGGCAGCGCGGCGGCCACCCCGGCCGGUGCGCAGACGGAGUGGGCGUGGCGCACGCACCACUACCCGCACCUGCAGUGCCCGCCCACCUUCGUGCCGGAGACCUACUCGCUGGCCGCCGCCGCGCGCCGCCCGCGCCCGCCGCCCUCCUGAUGGCCGGCCCCGGCCUGCUAGCGCCCAACACCUGACGGACGGAGGUACGGGAGACGAGAGCGUCCACCUUACUGCAACAAAUAGAGCCCGAGUCCGAGUCUGGGCUGCGAGCCCAAAAAUAUGAGCUCUAUAAAUGCGACGAGAUUGGCCGAAGCUCCGCUCGGGUCGCGCUCGUGCCGUAUUUACGUCUCGGCCGCGGAACGUACGCCGAGCUCCAUGCUUUGGUUAAAACAAAUGCGUGGCGGUUGGCGUCAUCGUCGAGCCUGCGUUCCGCGGCCC